AUGGCGACCGAAACCCAAGCACUGGUCUCGUACCCCGUUGACACCACCACGCGGAAGCCAGACUGGCGGUUCGGGACGGUCAAACUGCUCCGAUCACCCAAGGAGCACGAGCUGAAGAUCCGCAUGGUCGCCACUGGAAUCUGUCAUUCAGACAUCGUGGUCGCGUCGAUCCCCAACCAGCCGGAACGCGGGUUGACGUUCCCGAAAGUCCUGGGCCACGAAGGGGCUGGGUUCGUCGAGGAGGUCGGUCCGGGCGUCACGGCCGCGCAGGUCGGCGACCCGGUCCUCCUGUCGUACAGCUACUGCAGCGACUGCGACCUGUGCAAGGUCGACCAGCAGCCGUACUGCCUGAACUGGAUGGUGCUGAACAUCGUGGGCGAGAAGGGCCACUUCGAGACGCAAGCCGGCGAGGACACGCCGGGCAAAUUCUUCGGCCAGAGCUCGUUCGCGGGCGCCACCAUCGUGGGCGAGAAAACCGUGGUCAAUCUCAAGGGUCUGGUCUCGUCGGAAGACGAAUUGAAGCUCCUCGCCCCGAUGGGCUGCGGGCUGAUGACCGGGUCCGGGGCCGUCAUCAACGGCGCGGGCGUCAAAGCUCAUGAUAUCGUCCUCGUCACGGGUCUUGGUGCCGUGGGCAUGGGCGCCAUCAUGGCGGCCAAGAUCGCCGGGUGCAGGGAGAUCAUCGCGCUGGACCGCGUGGCACAUCGGCUUGAGACGGCCAAAGAGCUCGGCGCCACAAAGGUGCUGGAUACGACGACCGUGCGGGCUGAUUUCGCCGAGGAGAUCCAGAAACUGGUGGGUGGGCAGCGCAUCUCGGUCGUCGUGGAGACCACGGCCGCGCUACCGGUUAUCAAUGAGUCGCUCAAGGUCCUGGGCAAGCAUGGCAAGUUCAUCCAGCUGGGCGCGCCGGGCUACGGCACCGAGGUCAACCUCCCGCUGCAGCAGUUCUUCUCCGAGAACAAGUCCUUUGAGUGCCAAUACCUGGGGAAUACCACGGGCCAGGCCUGGGUCCCCGUCAUGAUCAAGUGGUGGAGGGAGGGCAAGUUCCCCGUCGAGAAGAUUGUCAAGUACUUCCCAGCCAAGGAGGCGGUGCAGGCAAUCCAUGAGAUGGAGAAUGGCGGCACGAUCAAGCCGGUGCUUGUGUGGUAG